CUGUGAAGUCUAACCGCGUAUGCGGGAAUGUCACUUAGGAAAGAACAAAGAGGGAUUUGCCUGCCAGGGAACAAAGUGCGUUCGCCUUAAUUGAUUCGAGUACAUACCAACGCAGAUCAGUUUCGACCCAAGUCGCCUUGUUGCUGGUGCAGUCAGUUUCAGUCGUGGGCUGCCAGCAGUCGACGUAUAAUCAGCUGUGACAAGUGCCGAGUAAGUUAGAACGCUCCAAAACACCGGGGACACGAACUCCAAGGUAAAGGAUGGCUCACUUUCCCCCCUUUGAACUCUUCAGAGACUUGCUAAACAGCAGCUUCAAAGAUAAAGAGCCAUGGCAAAUCGUCACAAUUACAACAACGACAGUUCUCGCGACGGUCUGGCUUUGGGAAUAUUGUUUCGACGAUGAUGAGAGUUUGUACGAUCGGGGAAAGAAGAAAUUGUUUAAACUAGCUCGGUAUGUACCAUCUAUCCGCAAUAAGAUCGAUACCGAAUUAGCAAGCAUCAAUUCGAAUUUCGAGAAAGAAGCUGCACGCCGGUUGAGCGGUGUUCAAUGUUUUACGGAGCUACCGGAAAAGGGAUGGCGUCAAGAGGAAGUCCUCGCCAUGGUUAACAAAUGCGUGAAUCUCGGAAAUUACGACUGGAAAUCGGGAAAGGUUUCCGGAACUGUGUAUCGAAACGAUAAGGAAUUGAUCGACCUUGUGACGUCUGUUUACGGGGUAGCCUCGUACACGAACCCCUUGCACGCCGACGUAUUUCCCGGGAUUUGCAAAAUGGAAGCUGAAGUUGUAAAAGCGGCGUGCAAUUUGUUUCACGGUGGAUCGGAGUCGUGCGGGACGAUGACCACUGGAGGUACCGAGUCUAUAUUAAUGGCGUGCAAAGCACUGCGAGAUUAUGCCAAGGCAGUCAAAGGUAUAAAGAAACCGGAAAUGGUUGUGCCGACUACAGCCCAUUCCGCUUUUGAUAAAGCGGCACAAUAUUUGAAGAUCAAGAUAAUCACGGUUCCGGUGAAUCCGAGAAGUUUCACCGUCAGUAUUGCGUCAAUGAGAAAAGCUAUUAGCAGAAAUACAAUCAUGCUAGUCGGCUCAGCCCCGAAUUUCCCUUACGGAACCAUGGACAACAUCGAAGCGAUCUCAGAACUCGGCAUUUUAUACAACAUUCCGGUUCACGUCGACGCGUGUCUCGGAGGAUUUUUGAUCUGCUUUAUGGAAGCUGCUGGAUUCUCUAUGCCACCGUUUGACUUCGCUUUGCCCGGUGUUGUUAGCAUAUCGGCAGAUACCCACAAGUAUGGAUACGCACCCAAAGGUUCAUCUAUAGUUUUGUACAGAGAAAAGAAGUACAGACACUACCAAUACACGGUAACGACUGAUUGGCCUGGUGGCAUUUAUGGUUCACCAACGGUGAACGGUUCCAGAGCGGGAGGGAUAAUCGCGGCGUGCUGGGCAACAAUGAUGUACUUUGGAAUGGACGGUUACGUCGAGGCCACCAAGAGAGUAAUCGAGACGACGAAGUACAUCGAGCAGGAAUUGAGAAAGAUGGACGGGAUUUUCAUAUUCGGACUACCUGCAACGUCCGUUAUUGCCAUCGGUUCGGAGGAGUUUCACAUCUACAGGCUCUCGGACGCGCUCGGUGCUAAGGGCUGGAACCUUAAUCCACUACAAUUUCCCAGCGGUAUUCACAUAUGCGUGACUCAUCUUCACACCGAGCCGGGUUUUGCCGAUAAAUUUUUGGAAGACGUAAGAACGGAAUUGGCCGUCAUUUUGCAGACGCCUGAAGCCCCCGUCGAAGGGAAGCUCGCCAUGUACGGCAUGAGCCAGAGUAUCCCGGACCGAAGCGUCAUCGGCGAAUUUACCCGAUUUUUCUUGGACUCAAUGUACUACAUACCGAGUAAGGAAGUCGAAAUCAAAUCUAACGGAAAACCCUCGGGAUCGUAAAGAGAAGACGAAGAUCGAAAUUCAUUAUGAUGCUGCGAAUAUGAAGAUUAUUACUGGGUGACGUCGUCAUAGAAUUGUUAUUUUCUUUAGGAAUCCCUUAGAUUUUUAAAUCGGGGAAAACUUAAAAAUCCAGUACAAGCAACGGCACCUUUAAAAAAACUUACAAACACACAUGUGUAUGAUACAUGCAAACGAGUUAGCUAUAAUUUCGAAUAGCAAGAAUAUACAGUUAUUACGUAAUUAUCAUCAGUUUAGCCUCAUAUUUGAUCGUGUAUUAUUUUACUAUAGAGAACAGUCUCUGACUACAACAUUGUACAUAGUGUUACUUUUUGUAUGUAACAUAAAUUAAACUUUGUUCAAUUUUCAACGAAGCUUCUGUCGUCUGGUUUUUUUAUGAUCCUCGAAUUGUUUCUUGCAUGAAUAGGAUUAUAAUGAACGAACAUAUUCAAUUCAAAAUUUCAGCUUCAAAAAAUAACGAAAAAUUAUUGUUCCGUUUUUAUUAGAAGCCUUGUAUGUACCUUCGCUGGAACUUGGCUUGAAAUUUACGCACGAAAUCGUUUAUACCGACGUAUUAAAAAUGGGAGCCAGAGGGAGCUCUGUGCACGACUAUUGGAACAAAAGUGUUCCUCUGCUCUGUAGGCAAAAUCGAUUUUUUCAACCAUUCGGUUACUCAGAUCGUCAUUCUCUGAUAAUAGAAAAAUGAACCACCUCAGUUCACAUAAAAAAUUAUGAGCAUAAACGACCAAUGAGAAAUGAGAAAAAUAUUCGUCAAUGAGUUACAUAUCCUAGAAUAACUUCGACACAUAUCAGAAUGUGAGCUAAAAAAAAAAUUUUCUGUAAUUCAAUAUUGCUGAAGAAAUAUUUUGAUA